AUGUCUCUGAGAGCGGAUGCAGCGCAGCGUGGGGGAGUGGUGGUGCAGUUUGAGAACGAUGACAUCAGAGAAGCUCAGGUGCGAAAAACAAGGAUUCCAGGAUCUGCACUUAUUUACCUCAAGGGGCCAAAGUUCCUGAUCUAUGUGAGCGGGGCAUUGUCCAUGUGGGGUGAUCGAAUGUGGCAUUUUGCCAUCUCUGUGUUUUUGAUCGAGCUCUACGGUCGGAACCUGCUGUUGACCGCUGUGUUUGGAUUGGUUGUGGCCGGAUCCGUGCUCCUUCUGGGGGCUUUGAUUGGUGACUGGGUCGACCGGAACCCCAGAAACAAAGUGGCCCAUGCAUCUCUGCUCAUCCAGAACAUCUCUGUGACUGUGUGUAGCAUCGUUCUCAUGUUGGUCUUUUCCUAUAAGAAAUGGAUCGAGCAGAUCUGGGAUGGCUGGCUGACGGUGGUUUGUUACACGGUGGUGAUCGUCCUGGCGGAUGUGGCUAACCUGGCGAGUACGGCCCUGACCAUCGCCAUCCAGAGGGACUGGAUCGUGGUCAUUACCGGCUAUAACCGAGGACACCUGGCAGGAAUGAAUGCCACCAUGCGGCGGAUUGACCAGGUCACUAACAUUCUGGCCCCUCUGGCGGUCGGUCAGGUCAUGACCCUGGCUUCCAACGUGGUUGGCUGCGGCUUCAUCCUGGGCUGGAACCUGGUGUCUCUUAUAGUAGAGUUCGUCUUUCUCUCCCGUGUCUACCGCAUUGUUCCAGCGCUGUCUGCCAAACCGCCCACCACUGAGGCGAAAGAACAGAGCUACCUGCAGGGGAGAAGAGAGAGGGAGAACUCACAAGGCAAGAGCCCAGAUGGGACCUCGCAUGCCCUGACAGAGGAGAACUGUAGCAGCCUCUGGCUGUGUUUGCCAGAGAGAGUCCGUCCAACGCUCUGUCUGCACCGCGUCCGCUGGCUGCUCAGGACGUGUCGUGAGGGCUGGAGGGCUUACUACAGGCAGCCCGUGUAUCUGGCCGGGCUGGGCCUGGCCUUUCUCUACACCACGGUCCUGGGCUUCGACUGCAUCACCACCGGUUACGCCUACACGCAGGGCAUCAGCGGCUCUCUGCUCAGCCUGCUCAUGGGCGUGUCCGCCAUCGCGGGGCUCCUGGGCACCGUCAUGUUCACUAAGCUACGUAAGGCCUACGGCCUCGUCAGCACGGGCAUCGUGUCCAGCUGCCUGCACCUCGGCUGCCUGCUGCUGUGUCUGUGCUCGGUGUUCGCCCCCGGAAGCCCCAUGGACCUCAGCCUGUUCGCACCCUUUCUGGAGGUGGGGGGUAACAGGUCCGGCGCGGGGCGGCAGGAGGUCGCGGGAGGCGCGCGGCAGAGACACAUGGAGACCCUGAGGUGGGGGAGGAAUCAGCCGCUCCUCCCCGAUCGCUCCUCCAUUCACUGGACCAAUAACACCGUCCUGUUAGAGAACGCGCCCGUGGCCACCGCCCCCGAAUCCUACGCCUCCAUAAUUCUGCUCUUCCUGGGAGUGAUCACGGCACGAGUCGGUCUGUGGUCCUUUGAUUUGACAGUGACUCAGCUGCUGCAGGAGACCAUCAGCGAGUCAGAGCGCGGUGUAGUCAACGGGGUCCAGAGCUCCAUGAACUACCUGAUGGACCUUCUGCAUUUCGUCAUGGUCAUCUCCGCCCCACAGCCUCAGCACUUCGGCAUCCUCGUCAUCAUCUCCGUGCUCUUCAUCACCGCCGGACACAUCAUGUACUUCCUGUAUGCCCGCAAAGCCAAGAGGAAACAACGGCUCAACACGUAA